GGGAGGCAGGGAGGCGGCCCUGCCCAGAUCGGCGCGGGGGCGAGAGCGAGCCAUGUCCGAGUUCCAGAUCUCCGUGGAGGAGCUCAACGACCUGCUCGCCAACGGCAGCGGCUGCUACAGCCUCCCCAGCGCGCACAGCAACGAGGUGGCGCCCCGCAUCCACGUGGGCAACGCCUUCAUUGCCAAGAAUGUUAUGCGGCUGCAGCGCUUGGGGAUCACCCACGUCCUGAACGCAGCGGAGGGCAGGUCUUUCAUGCACGUCAACACCAACGCGGAGUUCUACGAAGGCACCGGCAUCACCUACCACGGCAUCAAGGCCAACGACACGCAAGAAUUCAACCUCAGCCGCUACUUUGAGGAGGCCGCUGAUUUCAUUGACAAGGCACUGGCGCAGAAAGAUGGCCGGGUGUUUGUCCACUGCCGCGAAGGUUACAGCCGCUCGCCAACGCUGGUCAUCGCUUACCUCAUGCUCCGGCAGAACAUGGAUGUCAAGAGUGCCGUGAGCAUGGUGCGGCAGAAGCGGGAGAUCGGCCCCAACGAUGGCUUCCUGAGGCAGUUGUGUCAGCUGAACGAGCGACUGGUGAAGGAAGGCAAGGUGAAGAAACCUUAGCUGCCUGGCCUGGCCUCCGUCCCUCCCUCUCUGUGGCUUGCCGGAAUGCCCUCCGUCGCCAGCUCCAACUGCCAUGCUGUGCCAGGGGGCCAAAGAAGCACAAGAGAGCUGCUGCACUAUCCAAAUACCCGUAGAGGAAGACUCCAACCACUAGGCUUUGGCUCAUCUCUUGGGUCUUUAGCUGUGGAAUCUGCCUGUUGUAAUGUCUUUGUGUGUGUGUGUGUGUAUGUGUGUUUGGAGACACUGGGCACUUCUAAUCAGCUAUGAACACUUUGAAGAUUAAAAGCUUUAUGUUGCCAAUUUCCUGCCAGCACAUCAAGCUGGUGCUAUCCCCAUAUUUCUGCCAUAUUUGGGGGGCACCCACCCUGUGGCCUGGCCUUCCCCCUCACCUUUCUGAGGGAUUUAAAUGCGAGUUUUCUAGCUGACCUGUUGAAGGCAGUCUCUCUGCUCACUUAUGUAUCAUGUCAAAGGUUAUGGCUGGAGAGUGUGCCAUGUGACCCACAGGCAGAGUCCCGCUGGGCUACUAUUAAUGUGUCGGAAAGAUGGUCGAACCCAUGAUGUAAGCUGUAGGCUUUAGGCAAGUGAGCUGGUUGGCUCCUGCCCCUAGCAGGUGGGUUGCAGGACUGCUCAGAGGGUCUCUGGUUGCAUUGUGGGUUAAUGAAGGUGGGCAAGUCAUGUGUCUGGCACCUUAGGCAAGGCUAACUUCUGGUGCCCCCCUGCACCGAUAACAUCAUUGAGUCAUAUGGGGGGUGUCCAAUUUGACACCCUUAGAAGGCUGAUGCCCUAGGCAGUCACCUAGUUUGCCUAGUGGCAGGGCUGGUCCUGUCCUUAGCGUAGUUGCAUUGGGGGUCAGGGUGAUGCUAGCCGAGAUUUCCCCCCAGGCAUAUUUGUCUGAGGUUUUAGGGUGGGGUCUCCCUGCCCGGACCUUUUGUGGAAUGAGCUCCAGCCCUCUAAUCUGGGGAGGCAUUCAGAGACAGAUAGCCUUACCUAUUGGAAAGCCUCCCUUCUCCUUUGGGCCCAUCCUGAUGCUUUAUGGUCUCGUUCUCUGGGCAGCAUCCUCCUGAUUGUGUGUUUGUCAUGGAAACAAGGUAGCUCUCAGGGGUUAUUUUUGGGAAGGUGCCCCAGAAAUUGUGGCAGGGUGGGGGGGCAGCCAAACGUGGCAUGAAGAAAGGGUUGCAGACUCAGACAGCUGGCCUCACACAUUUUUUAAUCCUGUUUCUCUCUCUUAAGUGCAUGCUUGAAAACUGGUGCCUAGUCCCCUUGGUCGAAUGGACUGUAAAUAUACAGAAGCACUUUCUUGUAAACUUUUUUGUUUUUGUAUAGCUCUGUGUUUCAUAGGAACCUGUGGAUAUAUACAUAAUAUGAUAAUAUAUGUAGAGUCUGAUAAUAUAUAUAUCUAUAUAUAUAUCUAUAUGCACUCAAGCAAUGGAGAAAAAAAAAGCCAUUGGAGAAUAUGCUGUUAAUGCAAGUAACCUUUUGUAUAUAUUUAUAUAGCCAUGCUUA